AAUGACAUUGUCAAAUUUAAAAUCUAAAAAGUUUUCAAAACAAGUUCAGUCUUGUUUAUUUCCUGAAUAUUUUUUCCUUUGUUCGUCAAUGGUGAAAUAAAAUAAGCCAAAAAUGCGGCGAAGUCUCGCCCCGAGCCAGCUCGGCUCUGGGGACAACGUAUUUAAAAGCCCAUUGCUUGAUUCCGCGAAACGCAAAAGGCGGGAGUGCACAAAAGUGAAUCUCACCCAGAAAAUAGCUUCACAGGCGAUGUCCAAUUCUGAACACGAGAAUUUGAUAAAACAAAUACUGAAUAAGCCGUUCAAAGUACCUAUACCGAACUACGUGUCGUCGUAUUGCAGUAAAAGUUUAGGUUUGAAAAGAACUCAGGUUAGACGGGCAUUGCACGAUCCCGAUGAGCCAAACGCGCUUGUUUUGUACCGCCCUCCGUACAUCCCUGAGCAUGAGAAGAUGAAAAUAAGUCCUAAUGACAUAAAAGUCGCUGUUGUCGUCGAUCCGGUCCUCGGCAACAUCUUACGACCCCAUCAACGUGACGGCGUGAAGUUCAUGUACGACUGUGUCACCGGGAAACAGAUAGAGAAUGCUUAUGGUUGUAUUAUGGCUGAUGAAAUGGGUCUUGGUAAAACGUUACAGUGUAUUACAUUGCUCUGGACUUUAUUACGACAAGGACCUGAAUGCAAACCCACAAUAUGCAAGGCAAUCAUUGUAUGUCCCAGUAGUUUGGUCAAAAACUGGUAUAAUGAAAUACAUAAGUGGUUAGCGCAGAGGAUAAAUGCACUGGCCAUGGAUGGAGGAUCAAAAGCUGACAUAACUUUAAAACUGCAGCAGUUCAUGAACACAUAUUCUGCUAACAGAGUGGCUACACCAGUGUUGAUAAUAUCAUAUGAAACCUUCAGGAUAUAUUCUAACAUUCUUCAUUCUUCUGAAGUUGGUUUGGUACUUUGUGAUGAGGGUCACAGGUUGAAGAACAGUGAAAACCAGACUUAUCAAGCUUUGAUGGGUUUGAAGGCCAAAAGACGGAUAUUGAUAUCAGGAACACCCAUCCAGAAUGAUUUGACUGAGUAUUUCAGUUUAGUACAUUUUGUGAAUGAAGGAAUACUUGGUACAGCACAAGAGUUCAAGAAGCGAUACGAAAAUCCUAUCCUUAGAGGUCAAGAUGCAUUGGCCACUGCUUCAGAGAGGGAGAGGGCACAAGAGUGUCUUCAAACCUUAACAUCUAUAGUAAAUAAAUGUAUGAUUCGUAGAACAAGCAGUCUACUUACUAAAUACUUGCCGGUCAAGUUUGAACAAGUCAUUUGUGUUAAGAUGACUCCACUACAAACACAAAUAUACAAAAAUUUCAUUAACUCUGAUGCAAUAAGAAAUAAGUUUACUGGCACUGGGGAUAAGAACACCUUGAGUGCUUUGUCUAGUAUAACAACUCUUAAGAAGUUGUGUAAUCAUCCAGACUUGGUGUAUGAUAAGAUUAUAGAAAGAUCUGAAGGUUUUGAGAAAGCUAGGGAUCUGCUGCCCAGUAAUUAUGAUAUUAAAGAUGUUAAACCUGAGUAUUCAGGGAAACUUAUGAUUCUUGACUGUAUAUUGGCCAAUUUAAAGACUAACACUGAUGACAAGAUAGUUCUAGUAUCAAACUAUACUCAGACUUUAGAUUUAUUUGAGAAAUUAUGCCGAAAGAGAGGGUAUUUGUAUGUCAGGCUAGAUGGCUCAAUGACUAUAAAGAAAAGAGCAAAAGUGGUAGAAAGUUUUAAUAAUAAGGAGAACAAAGAGUGGAUAUUCAUGUUGAGUUCAAAAGCUGGAGGCUGUGGACUUAACCUUAUAGGAGCAAACAGAUUAAUCAUGUUUGAUCCAGACUGGAACCCUGCUAAUGAUGAACAAGCCAUGGCGAGAGUUUGGAGAGAUGGGCAGAAGAAACCAUGUUAUAUCUACCGACUGCUUGCAACAGGGACAAUAGAAGAAAAGAUCUUCCAAAGACAAGCACACAAGAAGGCACUCAGUGACACCGUAGUGGACCAAAAUGAGGAAUCAUUGCGUCACUUCACAUCAGAAGACUUGAAAGAUCUGUUCCGUUUAGAAGAGAACACUUUGUCUGACACUCAUAGCAAGUUCAAAUGCAGAAGAUGCGUCAAUAAUAUCCAAGUUACAUUACCUCCAGAGAAUUCUGAUUGCACUUCUGACUUGUCCAACUGGUACCAUUGUGCUGACAAGAAAAACUUGGCUGAUAUGGUCUUGAAACAGUGCUGGGACUUGGCUAAAAGCAUUUCAUUUGUCUUCCAUCACCGCUCAGCACAGACUGAGGCAAAGAAAGAGGAGCAAGAAGAAGACAAAGAGAAUAUUCAAGAAAAGAAAAGAAGGAAAAUUAUGGAUGAUGAUGAUUAUUCGGAGCCAGACAAUAGUGCUGAUGAGGAUUAUGAGUAAUGUUAUUUCAUCAAAUAUUAAGUUUAUUUAUUGUAAAUAUUUCUAUUGUUAAGGAAAUCGUGAAACAUAUUUAAUACUUGCAAUAUAUUUGGAUUGAUUUUCUA